AAGCCAGGAGUGAAUCAUGGCUACUGAGACAACAUCUUGCACAGGUUCCACAUUACUGCAGCCGAUCAGUGAGAUUAUUGAUCUUCCGCUGGAUCAGGUGAACUUUGUGGUAUGUCAGCUGUUUGCUCUGUGUACAGCUUUCUGGUUUCGCCUCUACCUACAUCCCAGUAAGACCAGUACGUUUGUCCGACAUGUGGUAGCCACGCUGCUGGGUUUUUACCUGGCCCUCUUCUGCUUUGGCUGGUAUGCCUUACAUUUUCUGGUUCAGAGUGGCCUGACUUAUGGCAUCAUGAUCUUUGCAGGCGUGGAACACAUGCACAAGUACUGCUUUGUGUUUGCCUUGGGCUAUCUGAGCCUGUGUCAGAUCACACGCGUCUAUGUCUUUGACUACGGCAUGUACUCAGCAGACUUUACCGGACCCAUGAUGGUUAUCACUCAGAAGAUCACCAGCUUGGCGUUUGAGAUUCACGACGGCUUGGCACGGAAGGAGGAGCACCUGAAGCCCGGUCAGAGGUAUCUUGCUGUAAGACGGAUGCCGAGCCUUCUGGAAUAUCUGAGCUAUAACUGCAACUUCAUGGGAAUCCUCGCAGGGCCCACCUGCUCUUACAACGACUACAUUGCUUUCAUCGAGGGCACGGGCUACCAACCCAAACACACCGAGUCUAACGGCAAAGAGAACGGGAAGUACAAGCAAAGCGACCCCUCUCCAAAGGGGGCCGUCAUUCAGAAGCUUUGUACCUGCGGCGUCUCUCUGCUGGUCUACCUGUCCUUCUUCAGGAUACUACCCGUGGACCGUGUCAUCGAUGAUCACUUUAUUGCCACCAAACCCUUCUACUUCCAGGUCCUCUACCUCUACUUGUCCAUGUUGGCUACUAGACCGAAGUACUACUUUGUAUGGACUCUGGCUGAUGCCAUCAAUAAUGCCGCCGGCUUUGGCUUUAAUGGCUACAACAAAGACGGCACACCCAGAUGGGACUUGAUCUCAAACCUGAGAAUACUGGACAUAGAGUUCGCAACCAGCUUCAAAAUGUUCCUGGACAACUGGAACAUCCAGACAGCCCUUUGGUUGAAAAGGGUAUGUUACGAGCGCUGUCCGUACAACCCCACGGCAGCCACUUUCCUGUUGUCUGCAGUGUGGCAUGGAGUGUACCCAGGCUAUUACCUCACAUUCAUCACUGGCAUUGGGAUGACCAUGGCAGCACGGGCAGUAAGACAUAAUGUGAGACAACACUUCUUGGGCUCCAGCACACACAAACUCAUCUAUGACGUUAUAACGUGGGCGAGUACUCAGAUCGCUAUAUGUUACACAGUCGUCCCCUUCGUGCUGCUAGCCGUGGGGCCUUCACUAAAGUUUUACUGGUCAUGGUACUGUUGUAUACAUAUAGCAUGCCUGCUGCUGGCGUUGGCUCUGCCUGUCAAACGCAGGGACUCGCGCUCAAAGGAGCAGCUGCAGCAAAAGCAGGGUCAGGAACAGCUGCAAAGCCCUGCUCCAAGCCAGGCUGAGGAGAACAGCAGUGUGUCUGUCACAGACAACAACUACAACCAGAAAAACAAAGACACAUGAGAGGGGAGACAACGACAACGCUCUUCUGCACAUACACACAUAUGAGAGCGAGUGCGCGUCCACGUGUGCCCUCUCUCUCACA